GCAGAUUAUAGUAUACACUUGCGCGCUUUCGCCGUGUUGGAAAAUCUACGGAGCAACGCAUUGAACUUCCCCGAACUCUCUCAUACGGUUCCUGAAAUUGCAAAAUAUUCUGUUGCUGUCGACGUCCUCCUGAAAAAUCAUGGAGGGCGUCGAAUCGGGUCUGGAAACAGAGGUUGCAAAACCUUCACUCAGUAGCUCUGCCUCUUCUUCAUCGUCCGCGGCAAGCCUCACCUCGCUCGCCAAACACAAGCAGAAUAUCAAUUACCGGCCGGCACUUCAAGCUGCUUCCGCAUCUUCUUCCGCAUCAAUCAGAAAAACCAGCAGUGCCAGGUGGAAUCCUGGAGUUGACAUGCUUCCGCCAAUACCGGAGGAAGAAGAAGAGGACCAAGAAUGCUUUGCAGGCCGGAUGGACCAAAACUUCCUCCGGGAGAAAGCCCACGGAGGGGAAGCGCAGGACGUGGAGAUGGGGGGCUGCGAAGUGGAAGUGGAUGAGGAUGGCCAGGACGUUGAGCAGAACAUCUCGGCCCGCACCGACGGCGCGGAAAACAAGGGGCCAUCGAAGGCCGGUGGUAGUGAUGGCAACACAGCAAAAACGGACCCCGAAGCCAUCCCGAAGCGCAAGCGGAUAUUUCAAGGGUGGAAGAGACUAGGGAUGAGUUGCGGCGUUCGCAGCUCCAGGUAUUUCCCGUCCGACAAGGACCACCGGCACGAGCUUUUGUUGCAGGCGGUCGAUUAUGCAUAUGCAAAUAUGCCCUCUGGGUCUGGAAGAGGAAGGAUACAAGUUUGUCAUGCGUGUCUCACGUGGACGUGGCAUCCAUGUGAAAUCUGUAAUGCGUGAGCAGGAGUAAUAAAGUCUCCUUUCUGUCAUGCAAAAACGAAGCUUCCCGCACAGAAACCUGUCAGGCGUGGCUGCGCAUUGCUCCCGCCCACUAUUUACAAACUAGCAUAAAAAAGUUUCCAGGCCCAGACGAAUCUGUAAUGUAUAUCGAGGACACCAAAAAGAACUACCGUGCGCCUGAGGAAGGCGAACAGAUUACGGUCUUGGAAAUUUCCGACGAUGGCCCUGGCUGGGGUCUUUUCCCGGUUCGCUUUGUACAGCUGUGCGACGUGAUGGUCCGCUUGGUGGCGCAUUUCGUUUUCGGCUGCAAGUUCGCGGCCAAUGAUAGUCGACGAAGUCCUGUCGAGAUGCUCUGGGCCGCUCUGUGGGCGCCGAUUAACGGCGUGGCGCUUGGGGAGGUUAAGUUUUCCGACCUUCCGCCUCACGCCAACGAAACCCUUUGCCAGAAGAAAACCUCGAUCGCCAUGCACCAGCUAGUCGAGUAUCAAAUGCAAAUGUGUCUGGAUCUGGAAAAGUGCCAGGUUUGUCAUGCAUAUUUUCGGGGACCCAUGAUGUCUGUGUGCCGUCGCAGAUUCUGCGAGGGCUUUCUGAUGCUCGUGCCGCAUGAGAAAUUCUCUUUCAGCGUAGCAGAAAAUGGACUUCUUUUGCUGUUCAUGCAGUGCAGUUUUUUAUGUAGAGUGCAAAACUAGUGUCACAAAUUGCAAUCUUCCACCAGACCCAGACAUUUAUUUGCAUUGGAUAUCGUUAUCGAGGUCAUGAAUACAAUGUGCGGGGGGCAGGUCAAGUGGAGGGCGACGGGCUACGGGGCAAACGGGAAAACAGUCGAGGGGAGCAUUUCCAUGGACCCAAUUCCACACCCCACGCUUUCCAUUCCUGGAGCUUUAUCUGGUGCAAAUAUGUCUGCGUCCGGAAGGAUCCGAACUUGUCAUGCUAAAUCUGGAAUGCGCAAAAAUGCAAAUCUGUCUUGCGCGACCCGCAAAAUUUCCUCACGUCUUGCAAAGCACGGACAAGUAGGUUUGUCAUGCGGAGUAUUAGCCUUGAAGAGCAUGCUCUUGCGAAAUGUGUGAUGCCUCUGGCCUCACUUACGGCCACGUACCUUGUGUGAUGCACGAGAUGCAUGACAAACUACGCUCUCGUCCAGACCCAGACAUAUUUGCAGUCGAUAAACUUCCAACGGAGACGAUAUUGUUGCGGCGGAUUCCCCUUCCAGCCGAUCAGCGAAGCGAAGGCCGACGUCCCUGCGGAGGAGCAGCGCGCCGGGGCGGAGGAUUCAGGGGCGCAGGCGCCGGGCCCCGGCGAGGAUAAAGCGACGAAGCAGGACGGGCCCAUCACCGAGGCUGAAAUCGUUCAGUUCCUGA